UAUAACAAAUAAUUUGAGCGUGAUGCCUCCAAAAAAGAAGAAGGGGAAGAAAAAAGGAAAGAAGGGUGAACCGGGCGAAUUGACAGUAAAAGAUAAGUACAACAAAACUUUACAAGAAGUGGAUUCCUUGAAACACGAACUCGAGACAAGGUCUGAACUUGCCCGAAGAAAUAACGCCAAGGCAAACGAUCUUAAAUUAAAGGUAUCAGAAUGGGAGAACGUAGUGAAGGAGGAGCAGGAGGAGAAGCUAGAUAUAUCCGCGGACAUGGUCAGGCAAUACAAAACCAUGCAGAGUACAAUGGCGCUACGGAUACAUUUGCUGGAGACAAGCCUCGCUCACAUGCAGGUUCAGCUGGAUACUACUAAGAGUAAAUUAGAUGAGACAGAGAAAGCUAAAUCAGAUCUACAGAAGAAGUACGAUGAUGCUGUCGAGAAAAUGGAAAGGGAAAUGAGUGAUAUGGAGAAGAAGUAUGAGAGUAUUCUGAUAGAAGCUAUGGACGCGGUAGCAGGCAAGUUAGAGCAAGCACAAUCCCGCUGGCAGAAGAGUUGUGAGAUGGUACAGCUGCGCAACAUUGGGAAGCUUAGGGAGUUCGGGCUACCCAACCUAGAGUUGUAAUAAUUAGCUUCUGUUAAU